UUGGUAAAAAAAAAUCAGUCCUUCACCAAGAAGCAAGGGGAGAGGUGUCGCUUGGUUUUCAAGAUUUUUCGAUUUCGUUAAUAGGGAAAGUUAUCGUAUCUUCGUGUUCAGUGGUUUAUUUAAUAUAGUCUCAUCAUGAACGGUGAGACUGAGGGCCUGACGGAGCAGGAGGAAGAAAUGGAUGAUGUUAAUUCAGAGUCGCCGGCCUCCUUGGAGAACCUCUCGCAAAUGUUGCGUAGGAGCUUAGUCUCGCGCAACAAGCAGACCAUCAUCGUACGCAACCCGGACGGGGGCGCCGUGUUCUGUUGCGUGGAGUGCCCCAUGACCUACGCGGACAAGGAGAGCAUGGAGCUGCAUCUGUGCAUGCAUAAUAAGGAGUACCGGUUUAUAUGCACCAUCUGCGGGACUGGGCUGAAGCGUCGCGAGCACCUCGAACGCCACACCCUAGGCCACCAGGGCGUGCGGCCGCACGUGUGUGCGGACUGCGGCAAGGCGUUCAAGAGGAAGGAGCACCUGACCAUACACCGCGCCAUACACAGCGAGGAGAAGACGCUGAGCUGCGUGCUUUGUGCUAGAUCGUUCCACCGCAAGGACCACCUGCAGAAGCACCUGCAGAGCCACAGCAACCGGUUCCGGCGGCAGGGGCUCGUGGUCAACGGGCUCGUCAAGACGGAGGUGGAAGAUGAGCCGAGUGACGGGAGUCAGAGCGCGGAUGUUGAUCUGCUGACAGGCCAAGUUACAACAGUCAUCGCAACCGGCGACCCGGUGCGCCCCUACGGCUGCCCCGACUGCGACAAGACCUACAAGCGCCGGGACCACCUCAAGCUGCACUCCCGGGUUCAUGCGGUGAAGGAGUAUGAGUGCAGCGUGUGUGGGGAAGGUCAGUUGGUUUACUUAGCAGGUGCCGCUGCACGGGUUUGUUUCUACCAGCAGGAGCAGUUGCUCUGGCACAUGAACACGCACCUGAAGGCGGAGGUCAUCACGGACGAGGCGGCGGAUGAGGACGGGCAAUCUUGGGAGACUCCGCAGGACCUCAACACGGACCUCCUAGUACCCCUAUACAGUCAGCUCAAAGCGGAGAACCGCCCACACGAGUGUACAGUCUGCCACAAGCGCUUCAAGCGGAAACAACACCUGAAGGUGCACAUGAAUGUGCACUACAAGGGCGUGGUGAGACCCGCCUUGCCUCCUGCUGCCGUGUGUGAUCUUAGUAUCUGGUGCUCGCUUUGCAAUGAAGGCUUCCAAACCAACAAGCAGUUCGAGGCGCACUCCUGCAUGCACGAGCACGCUCAGCGCGUGAACUGCGAGAACAUCAACGAGGAGCAGAUGCAGGGCGGCGGCGGCGGGGGCGGGGGCGGGGGGCGGCUGCCCGCCCUGGCGUUGGCGGAGAAGAAUGAGGAACAGCAGCACAUGAUAAUCGAACCGGACCCAGUCUGCCUAGCCGAAGACCCCUCGCUCCCGACGCCGCGCAAGGUGUUCGUGUGCAAGUACUGCGGCAAGCCGUUCCGCCGCCGCGACCACUACAAGAUACACCUGCACAUACACACCGGCCGCAAGGACUUCUUCUGCCCGCAGUGCGGGAAGGGGUUCUACCGCAAGGACCACCUGCAGAAGCACAUCCCGGUGCACGAGAAGGCCAAGAAGGCGAAGAAGGACGUGCCCGGGCUGUUCCCCAUCAGCAUGAUGUCCCCCCGCGGCACCGGCGGCGGCGGGUUCACGUUUAAUGUCAUGCCGGAGAUUACCAUCACGGCACCAUCGAACGCCAAGCUACGAGUACCUCUACAAAUGAAAGUUCCCUACGAAGUGGUGAUGUCCACCGACAACGGAGAACGCCGGACCGUCGUCAACCCGCAGUGAUCGAAUGACAACUACAGAGAGUGAUAGUCCAGUGUUUCAUUAAAAAAAAAACAAUUGUCUUGCAUCGCCGGUGGAAUACAACCUAAGGGUCCGUUCAGACCAGUCCAGAGAAGAUAGUAGAUUAAUUUCACGUCGAAAAUAGAGUCUAGAGUCAUAGCAACAGCAACAUUGUUUAUUUAUUGAAUGUGAAUUUAGUGAUUUUUUACAUUAUGUAAUUGACGAGCCGAUCUGUGACUCUUUGCACAUAUAAGAUUUUUUUUAUAAUGGUGAUGUGAGUCCAGUUUUUUUGUAUAACUAUCAUGUAUUUAUUUUGUAAGAAAAUAAGGUACCUACUUAACUAUUUAUGUACCUACUUAUUCUGGUUUACGAACUUUCCAUUGUGUGGUCCAAUCCAAAUGUAUUUUGUGAUCUCGAAGUAGGUAUAUUUCUACAUAUCUUUCAUAGUAUUAAACUAAUUUGAUAUCUAGAUAGAUAUAUUAAAUUAAAUGUUUUACAUUAUAGAUUUAUAAAACAUUUUAACUUCUCUUUAUGAUAUAAUAUAUGAAAGAUUAAUUGUUGUUAAACAGUUUGGAUCUUAAAUCAAGUGCCAUAAAGUAUCUUUUUAAUUAGCGCACGAUGUGGUACCAAAAACCUAGUAAAUAAGUUUAGAUAUAAUUGGAUGUUCCUUUUCUCCUAUUUAAGUGUAGUUAGAGAUGUUUAUGGCAAGCCAUGCAGAGUACAAAUUGUUUUAAAUAAAAUGGUUGCAUACAG